AUUCCAUCAUCCGAAGAGCAUCUUUCAUGCGUCUCCCUGGGCCCGAAUCCCACGUCAGGAUGAACUGUGAGCAGGAUUUUGGAGAUGGAGGCAUGAACGUCACUCUAACUCUCCGGCUGCUCAUGCACGGCAAGGAGGUCGGCAGCAUCAUAGGCAAGUUUUUUUUCCUCUUUCUCUUUAUCAACCUCCCAUCCAUUUACUGCUCCUUUACUUUUCCAUCCUUACAGAGCAGUGCACGUAUCAAUAUCUCAGAAGGCUCAUGCCCAGAGAGAAUCAUCACCAUCACGGGUGCCACAGAGUGUGUGUUUAGAGCCUUCACUAUGAUCACACUCAAACUGGAGGAGGACUUGGCUGCUCUUGUGGCGAAUGGCACAGUCACCAGUAAGCCUCCAGUCACGCUGCGGCUGGUCAUCCCGGCCAGCCAGUGCGGUUCCCUCAUAGGCAAGGGCGGCUCCAAAAUCAAAGAGAUCAGAGAGAAAACAGGGGCUCAGGUGCAGGUGGCAGGAGAUCUUCUGCCUAACUCCACAGAGAGAGGUGUGACAAUAUCUGGCAGUCAGGAUGCCAUCAUCCAGUGUGUCAGGCUCAUCUGCACUGUAAUACUAGAGUCUCCUCCAAAGGGUGCUACAAUUCCGUACCGCCCCAAUCCUGCUCCAGGCACGGUGCUCAUUGCUGGAAAUCAGGUUUUCGAAACGUCAGAGUUUGCGUCUCACCCGCUUUUCUCAGUGGCUCAGGGAGGGCUGGAUCUGCAACAAGCUUAUACUGUACAAAACCAAUACGGCAUUCCACACUCAGAGUUGGCCAAGUUGCACCAAUUGUCCAUGCAGCAUGGUCUUGCCCCCAUAGCUCAACCAACGGCCACCCCAGUUCUGUCUGGUAUCGAGUCCAGUUCCCAGACAGCAUCACAAGAACUUCUCAUUCCAAAUGACCUGAUUGGUUCAAUAAUUGGCAGACAGGGUACAAAAAUCAACGAGAUCCGCCAGGUGUCAGGGGCUCAGAUCAAGAUCGGCAGUCAACUGGACAGCACUAGUGACCGACACGUCACCAUCACGGGCUCCCCAAUCAGCAUCAACUUGGCCCAGUAUCUAAUCACAUCCUGUUUAGAGACCGCCAAAUCCACUGCCCAGUCCUCCUCCAUGUCGACCCCUGUAGACCUCAACAUGAGCUUCACCCAGACUGCUCCCCAUGCAUCGUCCUCUGCCGCAGCCCUGGCAGCGAUGGGCGGCCUGCCCCAUGCUCCAAUCUUGGGCGCCCCCUAUACCCUCCCCCUCUCCAGCCUCCUGGGAAUCAAAUCCGUCCCCUUCCUGACACUCUCGGCCCCUGCUGCCACAGCUGCUGCCGCCGCUGCCCCCACCCACGGCACCUUGGCCUCCUACACCGCCAAGAUCUCCUCCGCCAACGGCAUUAAGAAACCAGAGCGACAGAAGUUUGCGCCCUACUGAAGAGGAACUACUGAGUACCUCCUUUGUUUCCGAGAGAGGAAUACUUUGAGGGUUCUUCUCUUCUAGCCUGAUGUAGCGGUGUAGAAACAGACAGUACCAACUUAUUUUCUUUUUGGUUUAGUAGCUUGUCCUGAAAUAACUGUAGGAAAAUAAUGGCAUAAAUUUUAAUUAUUACUUUUUUUUGGCUGAGGUAGCCGCUAAAGCCAUAGACUAUUCCUAAUCUCCUUUUCCCCCCGAAAUCUUUACACACGUUUAUUGUCUGCUCUUAUUUAUUGAUAAUAACGAAAUAUUCCCGCAAAGAGUUUAUAACGUAGAACACUGUUGACUGAUGCUAAUCUCUUAUGUAUCAGCUUUUAUACAAUGAUGUCUGUGAAUGCUUCUGUAUACAACU